AUGUUACAAAUAGCUAGAAAUCUAAUUAAACACACUCAUUUAUUUAAAAUAAGUAAAAUGCCUCCAAAAAUAAGUAUAUUUGUAUUUUUAAUUUCAUAGCUUAGGAUUCUAAUUCAAAUGAAAAUGUAUAGAAAGAGAAUAAAAGUAAAAGCUAAAAUCAAAAAGAAGGAUCUAAACUUAAAAAUGAAAAAAAAAGUAAUCCAAAAAUCUUGAAAUAAUAAACUCUUAAAUUAGUAGAUAAGAAAGGAUAAAUAGUUGAUUUAUCAUAAAAAAAGCUAGAUUUAGGAGAUGGAAUAUUUUAAUAAGAUAAAUUAAAAAUUUCAAGUUGGAACAUUAAUGGACUUAGAGCAUCAUCUAAAAAAGAAAGUGCAGUUACAUAUUUAAAUGAUAAGAAAGUAUGCUGAAAUUUGAAAAAUUAGUUUGAUAUCAUAUGUUUAAAUGAAUUAAAGGUAGCUUAGGAAGCAUUUGAUAAAGAAAAUUUAAUUACUAAAUUACCUAAAGAUUAUUUUACAUAUUUAAAUUUUUGUAAAAUCAAGGCAGGAUAUAGUGGUGUUGCUAUUUUAUCUAAGUAUUUAAUUAUAUGAAAUAAAUAUAGAGUGAAACCAAUAUCAAUAAAAUUUGAUAUGGGAAUUCAUAAACAUGAUUAAGAAGGAAGAAUUAUUACAGCAGAAUUUGAGAAAUUUAAUCUAGUAGCAUGUUAUGUUCCUAAUUCUGGGGAUAAAUUAGAUAGAUUAAAUUAUAGAACAUAAGAAUGGGAUGUUGACUUUUAAAAUUAUCUUGAUUAAUUAAAAUAGAAAAAGAAUACUAUUAUAUGUGGUGAUCUAAAUGUAUCUCAUACAGAAAUAGAUUUAGCCAAUCCUGAUGGAAAUAGAAGAAGUGCAGGGUAAUUAAAUUAAAUAUUAUAAAAGGUUUACCUAAGAAGAAAGGGAUUCAUUUUCAAAGUUUCUAUCUAAAGGAUGGAUUGAUACAUUUAGGCAUUUGUAUCCAAAAGAAAUUAAAUAUAGUUAUUUUAGUCCACGAUUUAAUUCAAGGUGAAAAAUAAAUCAUAUAAUUAAUAGAGAGACAAAUAAGGGAUGGAGGAUAGAUUAUUUUGUUGUUAAUCAAGAAGCAAUUGGUUCAGUUAUACAUACAGAUAUCAUCACUACAAUUGAAGGAAGUGAUCAUGUUCCAAUUGAAUGUGAUAUAGACCUUACUAAAUUAUGA